CACGGGGUGUGUGUGUCUGCUUGUGUCUGCUUGUGUGUGUGUGUGUGUGUGUGUCCUCAUGGCUCUCAGCGCUGAGACACCUGCCGGGACAUUUCCUCUCCUGCGCUGACAGAUCCUGUUUGUUUCCUUGCACAACAAUGUGGAUCUCCAGCGGUCCGUGCGCUGUCGGGGGGCUUCACGGUUCAGCGGCCCGAGGGGAGGCGAAGCAGCGGGGGUAAUCCGACGUGCUAUGGUGGGACCUCCCGGAAGGACAAGAGUUGGGCUUUUCCGAGACAUCGGCAGUUUGCUCUGAGCCAUGGAUCCAAGCAAGAGUUUAGUGGUCUGACCGCAGCAGGGUCAGCUUGGUGGGCCAGUGCAACCUGUCCUUUACCGACCGUCACCUUCCCGUCUUCGAGCUUCAUGAGCUGCAGACCCUCGGGCACACCGCGUCCACAGUAAGACAGCCGCGCGCGCAGAGCAGAGCAAAGACAUGACGGACAGAGGGGGUUACGCCGCGGCCAAGGCCAACCCCCGGCCCGCCGCACCUCCGGUGCUCCCGCCCGAGCCCAUCGACAUCAUCCGCAUCAAGGCCCGCUCCCGGCGGGUCCGGCUCAACGUCGGAGGCCUCACGCAUGAAGUCCUGUGGAGAACACUGGACCGGCUGCCCAGGACCCGUCUGGGACGACUGAGGGACUGCAACACCCACGAGUCGCUGCUCGAGAUUUGUGAUGACUAUAGCCUCAACGAGAACGAGUACUUCUUCGACAGACAUCCGGUGGCCUUCUCCUCCAUCCUCAACUUCUACCGAACUGGGAAGCUGCACAUGAUGGAGGAGAUGUGCGCCCUGUCCUUUGGCCAGGAGCUGGACUACUGGGGUAUCGAUGAAAUCUACCUGGAAUCCUGCUGCCAGGCGCGCUACCACCAGAAGAAGGAGCAGAUGAACGAGGAGCUGAGGAGGGAGGCGGAGACGCUGAGGGAGAAGGACGGGGAGGAGGAGGAGCACGGCUGCUGUCCCGAUAAGCGACAGAAGCUCUGGGAUCUGUUGGAGAAACCCAGCUCGUCUGUGGCUGCAAAGGUCCUGGCCAUGAUCUCCAUCCUAUUUAUCAUCAUUUCCACCAUCUCAUUGUCUCUCAACACCCUGCCAGAGCUGCAGGUGGUAGAUGAAUUUGGCCAGUUCAAUGAUAACCCCAGCCUGGCCCACGUCGAAGCUGUGUGCAUUGCCUGGUUCACCAUGGAGUAUAUGCUGCGCCUGCUCUCAGCACCCAACAAGUGGGAUUUCAUCAAAGCACCACUGAACAUCAUUGAUUUGCUGGCUAUAAUGCCUUACUAUGUGACCCUCUGCUUAACUGAGUCCAACAAGAAUGUGAUGCAGUUCCAGAAUGUGCGUCGUGUGGUCCAGAUCUUCCGAAUUAUGAGGAUCUUGAGGAUACUGAAGCUGGCCAGGCACUCAACAGGACUCCAGUCUUUGGGCUUCACUUUGCGAAGGAGCUACAAUGAGUUGGGUCUGUUGAUCCUCUUCUUAGCCAUGGGCAUUAUGAUCUUCUCUAGCUUGGUGUUUUUUGCUGAGAAGGAUGAGGACGCCACCAAAUUCACCAGUAUCCCUGCCUCCUUCUGGUGGGCUACAAUUACUAUGACCACUGUUGGAUAUGGAGACAUCUACCCACAAACCCUUCUGGGCAAGAUAGUAGGAGGGCUCUGUUGCAUAGCUGGUGUGUUGGUCAUUGCCCUUCCCAUCCCAAUCAUCGUCAACAACUUUUCAGAGUUCUACCGAGAGCAGAAGAGGCAGGAGAAGGCAAUCAAGAGGAGGGAAGCUCUCGAAAGAGCCAAACGGAGUGGAAGCAUUAUUUCUAUUAACCUUAAGGAUGCUUUUGCACGUAGUAUGGAACUCACAGAUGUGUUGGUGGAAAAGAGAGAGGACAGUAAGUGUCCUGUCGAUAAUCACCUCUCACCCAGCCGUUGGAGCUACCACAAACACUACUCCAAUGCAGAGGUGGGUAGUCCAGGCAGGUCUCAACAUUCACACUACCAGGAAGUAGCUCAGCAGGGCUCUCCUGCACGAGUCAAGCUCUCAUCUAACAAAACGACCCCCCAACACCUCAGUGCAAAGAGGCUGGAAGAGGCUUACAACAAGACAGCAACCACCCAGGAACCGCGGGACAAAAUUACAGAAGAGCAGAUGGAAAUGACAUCAUUGACCUCCACACAAGCCCGGCAAAAUUCACCAGAGGUCAGCAUUGUCAGGAAAUCCUCAAAUAUGACUGUUGGCUUUUCAGUGGAAAAAGGGGAAAGGAGCAUUCCCCCUCCUUUGGAUCUUAGCCAAAUAAGCACAAUGGAGGUGAGAAGGGGCCCUGACAGCACCCAGCCAGGGACCAUCAUGAAAGAGGGUUUGUAUGAGUUUGUGUCUGGCCAAAGAGGAAGUGGGACUGGAGAUAUGAGCUUGGUGCCACAGAGUGUGGAAGGCUUUGGAGCGACCUAUGACAGUGUCUGCAGUUCCUUACAAGGUUAUAGCAGCCCUCAAAAUACAACAGCCCUCAAGGUCGACUUCAUUUCAUCCCAAGAUGAUGUGCUUAUGGCUGUGAUGACACCUGUGGCAACCCCAGCCUCCAUUGGUUCAGCCAAGCUUGUUCAACUAAUUCCCGACGACAUGGUUUCUAGGUUUUCUCCACCUAGCUCUGCAACACAGGAAGCUAAAUCUCCACUGGCUAUCCUACAAUCUCCAUCUCUGGCCCAGCAAGCUGUCAGUCCAAGCUACUCCCAGGGGGGAGGUGAGGGCUCAGCAGCCAGGAGCUUAGAAGGUGAAGGGCAGCUCACAGGCUUAAGCCAACAGGGAAGGAAUCACAUGGAGAGGUCUGCCAUUGGCUCAGGGAGCAGCCCUAGCCCACUGUCGUCUAAAGCCAGCCCACUCAACUGCACCCAGGAUGUAAUACGUAUGGAAGGAGGGGAAGAAGGUGGAGAAGGGGAGCAAGCAGAACAGAGCGGAGAGAAACAAGAAAACCACGUUGAUCUGCAUGGAAGCAUGACACCGCCCUGUGAAACAAGCAUGUAAGCUUAAAAGCAGAGAAAGGUUUUCGGACAGGGAUGCCAAUAGAUGGGUUGAGGAAAAGAGGUGGACUCUGCAUCUGUUGACAAAGACGCACAAGAAAGUGUAGAGUUGUUGCAGUUUUUCUGGAGAGAUGCACUCGUCGUAUCCCACGGGACUUUUGGGCUCUCAUCUAUUUCUUGGCAAAGCACUACUGUCCCCAAACCGGUAUCUCUGCAUUGUUGUCACAUGGCGUUUUUAUUGAGCAUUGAGGGAAGUCAGAAGCACAUACCCACUGUCAGGGUAAUAUCUGAAAGACACUGUCAUGCCAGUUGUUACGGACUUUUUGCUUGAAAAUGAGACUAAUAUACUGCAGAGCAAAACUGUGACAACUGAUACAUCUCUUAGGGCUCAAAUGUGAGCAUAAACUAAGCCUUGUAAUAAUGUGAAUAUUUACAACUAUCCUGGAGAGUCCUUGUAAACAGCUCUACAGGCAUAAUUUACAGUUUCCUAUUGCUUGCUAUUUAGGUCAUAUUUCUCAUGAUGGACUAAUUGCACCAAGGAAAGACGAAGAGAAGAGAAAAUCAUGUUUUUUAUAUUUGUCUAAGUAACUUUAAAAAAAAUUAUCCUUUGCAAGACUUGAAAAAAACAUUCAUCAGUCAUUAUUCUGCAUUAAGGGUCUUGCUCUCUCUCAUCAGAAUCUCACUCCAGGUAUGGCGGUCUGGUAAUGGGCCCUUAUCAAAUACGAGCACAUGAUACAGCACAAAAAAGUCCAGCUCUUUAUUGGACAAACAUAUAACUGAACAGUACAAAAGUAAACAUACAUCUGCUGUAUCCUGAACUUUGUUGUUUGUCUCGUUGAGUCAACAAUAGAUAGUUCUCUCCUUUUUCCAAAUGAAAGCAGGGUCUUGAAAUUGAAAAGGGCAUGGAAUAGAGCUGUAAAGUCUGUUUGCACACUCCAACUCAGUCUCACAAGGGGACAGGUGGAAUGAGCAGACAUUUAAACCCAGGACAGAGAAGAACGCACGCAAGGACAGUGGAUAAGUUCACUGAUCACCCAUGUGUGGGUCCUCACACACUUCCAGUGACUCAACACAGGGGUUCCUCCUUCAGUGUUAUGUGGCCCCCGAAAUUCAGGAAAAUCAACUGAGCAGAGUUGACAAAAGAACACCCAAACACCAGGUCUGUUUUGGUCUCUGUGAGACUAGUGUCUUAUUUAAGAUGGUUUAUCAUAACACAGGUCUUAUUUUGCCGUUUUGACAAGCAUAUCUGUCAGAAAAUAACAAUUUGCUCUUCAAGUUACUGAGAUAAAUGAGAAGCAUGUCGGGUGACAUGAGCAGUUAAACAAGUUGGCAACAAGCAGGUUUUUCACACUACCUGCAAAGUAUUGCAACUCAGAAGACGUUUAGUUUUCAAACUAGUUUCUUUUAAGAACUAGCAUCUUUCAAGCUCUUUUCUGCAGUUGAUUUUCAAACAGAUCUCUGUACAAUUAAGGACUAUUUGCAACACUUCAGGUGCUUUCACUUUUCGUUUUACCUCUAAAGGAAGCAGUUUAGAUAAUCUGCAUCAACUGCUGGCCGGUCAUUCGAUUGACUAAUGGAUUUCUUGGUUGUAGUGAUGCUAUCAAAUAAUGUUAUUCCAACCAAAAGGAAGGAUGGACAAAACUAUUGAAAUAAGAUCUAGUGGUUCUGAACAAAUCAUCCUAUGAGGGAAGAGGUGCAUUUUCACCCUACUGGCCCUCAGUCAUUCAAGGCUGCACCUUUGAAGGCCCCUGAAGGAGGUGGUCAUGUAACGCCACACAUACAUGUUUGUACUGUUCUAACCAGCGCAUGUUCAUGUAUGAUGACUGGAGAGAGAAAAUGAGAGCGUGGGUCAGAGGGACUUAUUUUGAAGGGGCCCUGACUGUAUUGUAAAGGUAGUGUAACAGUGACCUCUACAGGCAUUCUCAAGGCACUUGAAUGAAAGGAGCUGAUGCCUCUUUGGCAAUCUGUGAAAUCACAAUCAAUGUAUAGGCUCUGUUUUUAUUCUGUGCAUGAAUGCUGACACAUUCAGGCACACAUUUACCCGUGUGCACAACUGAUUACGCACACAGAGUGCGGAGUGGGUGUAUGGUGAUGGGGCCAGUCACAAGGUGAAACAUGAAUUAUAACUGUGUUCCCUGGCAUGGAGAUUUAAAAACAAAUUUAUAGCAUUUUUAUAAGAGGAAAAGAAAAAUGCGUGCCUUUUCAUAAACAGAUCAUUUAUGAGAAGGUGAAAAAACCCUGUACAGUAUGGCCAGAUAUUUAGUAUUGUUUUUGUUCUUAUUUUAUCUCUUGUUCUGUUUUUCUCUGUUUAGUGCAUAUUUUGUGAUAUGUAAAUCCUCAGGUUCUCAGGGUUUGCAUACCUUUAACGCAUUGUGUGGUGUCUCACUUAAUGUAGUGUCAGUCAUAUAGCUUUCAGACAGCAUUGCUUACAGUUCUAACCUCACUGUGCCACAAUGUCAUUUUAUUUCAGCACACAAAAGGUUUUGUGGAAAGCAGUGGCUUCAGGUUCAGUAGUCGGUUCAGCUUGGAUCCCUUUAGUGCUGUAGCAGCAUUCUCUAUAUGAGCUGCAACACUACAAAAAGACCGCAGAUAUUCAGGAAGGUUUUACCAUGACAAAGGAAAAAAGGCCACAACAGAAUGUAAAAAUGAUCACAAUAGGCAUACAACAACCAGUCAGCAUCAGCUUCUGUAACUGGAAGUGAUGGGGUGCUCAUCUCUAAUUAUACUCUAUUUCUGGGAGCCAUUGUCCUGAACAGACCAGUCAAGGCUGUUGUUAAGAUGUAAGUUCUUCACUGAGCAGAGCAGGCUCACUGGAAAACCAUUCUAACAAAAAGAAAUGCCAUGCUGUCUAGGUAGCUUAAAUGGUAAAGUAAUCAACGCCAUGACCAAAGGCUUGUCUUAAUCUCGCUCAUAUAAAGCGAAUCUAAUUCUGACCUGAACUUAACCCUCAGGUACCCUAUUACUUGAACCUGGUGGAAUAUGUGAUUUAUUUCCCUAUUUUGCCAAAAUGAAUUUUUCCGAAUCUCCAAAAUGAAAUAAGCUCUUUCUUGGCCUAUGUCCCACUCACAAACGCAGGCGCACUAGUACUCGUGAUAAAACCAACAGUGAACCUGCUCAGUAAUUACUAUUACCUAACUAAAGGGGACAACACUGAUGACAUGUUGUACAUUAAAUUUACCAAAAUUGAGAAUGUGGGUUUUGGACUCAUACAGGCAGCUUAGCAAAUUAUCCCAGGCAUGCUCUGCUCAGUUGCGAACAAUUCAGUGGUGACGGUCAUAUGAAGUAUAACCUGGUUCACCUUUGUCCACACGUGGAAGAAAUGCUCAGUACAGCUCUGCCCGCUUGGUUCCAUCAGAUGUGGCUCUGUGGUACAAAAGGUGCUGCUUUGUCACCGUGGCAGAUCAAGAACCAUGUGGGCAAUGCUCUGGCUCUUCUGAGAACAAUCGCAUCUCUACACAACCAUCUGAAGAAAUGUCACGUAAUCUCCAUUUGAAUUUCCAUUUUUCAUGAGAUCACUCAGCUUUUCUACAAUUAGAUCACAUCAUACAAACCAGACACUACAAAACCUGCAUUUGCUCUCUUUCGUUUGUUGUUUGCUAAUGUUUCUUCCGCCCUCAUCUACUUUGUUUAACAGUAAACUGCGUGAUGAUUAGUCUCAUUCAUUAUUCCUAAGGCAACAUAAUGAUAGUGAAUUAUAAGGACUUUUGAUUCAGUUAUCAAUAUGCAAGACAAAUAAAUGUGUUCAUGUGACCUA